AUGCGGCGCCAGUGUUUGAGGCUGCAAACCACGUCUCUUUGCAGUCAAUCGACUGAGGUACCGCGGAAGCAACAGGAUAGCAGCCGAGUGGAGGAAGAGGAGAGUGAAAGUGAGGGUCCGGAGUACAUUCCCCUUAGAAAGGCCAAAAAUCCCAUGAUGAAGAUUGGCUAUGCGUGGAUGAUAGGCCUCCCUACUGGUAUUAUUGGCUUCCUGCUGGUCAAGCGGCAAGUGGACAAGAACCGUUUAAAGCAGUUGAAAGCUCGACAGAGGAUGCAAAGGUCAAACGAAGGGGACUACGAAGGAAGCCGCUACCGCAAAACUGCUGAGAAUGUUAAACUUGACCAGUAA